AUGGCAGCCAGGAUCUGGAACAUUAACAACUUAGGCACCAGCAACUACCUCUGCAACACCAAUAAGAAUAAUACUAUGCUUUCUGAUCUCCCUGAGCAAGUAAAGGAAGAUAUCAAAUCCUACGGUAUUGAGGUGAAGGAUGCUAACUCUAAUAUGACGGUAGGCUACCCUACCAUCAGUAGUUACACCCUUCCUCAUGAUGAUACCUGUGACAUCUCCAUCUACACCGAUGGGUCCAAGGACAACGAGAAUGUGGGGGCAGCGUUUGUUCUUAUUAACCAUCAAAACGGCGACACUCAUAAGUCUGCCUUCAAAUUAGGUCCUCAUUGUUCCGUCCCCCAAGCGGAAAUACUUGCUAUUACUAAGGCAAUUGACUACGUUUUCACUGAUUGGUUCCCCCGUAACAAAACCAUCAUCGUUUAUACCGAUAGCAUCACUGCCAUCCACUACAUUACUGGCCUCCGACACAGAGGCUAUAACGUUCUUCGAAUCCACCGUCAUCUUGCCUCUAAUACGCACAACCACAAUGUACAUUUUAAAUGGGUACGUGGACACUCAGGUGUAGCAGGCAACGAAGCCGCCGACAGCCUCGCUAAAUCCGCCGCAGCCUCCUCCCUCCCGUCUAGCUACGACAAGAUCCCACCUUCUAAAAUUAAGUACUGGAACUUCCAGCUUGCAAUCCACCAAUGGCAACAGGAAUGGGAUAGCAGCAUCACCGGCAGGACAACUUUCAACUUCAUCCCUAACAUCACCCAGCGCCUUCAGUGGAGACACUUCUCUCCUUCUUUCGCUAUGACCCAGUUGCUUACUGGUCAUGGUAACUUCAAAGCAUACUUAAAAAGGUUUCAUAUUCUAGAAGACAACAUCUGUCAGUGUGAUGGCACUUCCAUCCAGGACAGCAGUCACUUCCUCUUUGACUGUACGCUGUUCAACCAGAACUGUGACAUUCUUAUUGGCAGUGUACUCUAUGCUGGCUUCAACUGGCCCUGUCCUUUUAACGUCUUCCUUGAAAACAAGGACAUUUAUUAUAAGCUAGCAGACUUUCUCUCAGCGACGGCAGCACUGAAUCCAGCGAGCAGUCUACACAUCGCAAACAACAGUGUUCGAAAUCCUGAUUGA